AAACCUGGAUGCUUUUAUCACUCCCUGGAUUGAAAACUCAACACCUAUGACAUGUUGACACCUGUGAUCUCCCCUGGGCUCAUCCCAAAAUGCGUCCCUUUUUCCUAUUUCAAAAGGUUUCCCCAGAGUAAACAGGACUUAUUUUAACAUCAGAAAAUGGAGCCUUGAUAGUUUAUCAUUCAAACUUCAGAGUGGAGUUAUUUGAAGGCCUCGAAAAAGUGGAUUGAUGUUUCUAUGUAGCGAGUGUGUGAGUGCAGUGCAGCCUUGGAUCCAUCGUGGAACCACCACAGUCCCCCCGGGCGCACAGCCUUCGGGCCGGAAGCGCUCAAAACCAGAAACUACUCUCUGGUGUUGCUGAUCCAGCUCAGCCUGCUCUCCUUCGACCUCUUCGUCAACUCCUCCAGCGAGCUGCUGAGAACUGAACCCGCCACCAUGCUGGUACUCUUCAUAAUCCAGGACAUAUCAAUCCUGUUCAACCUGAUCAUCAUUCUGCUGAUGCUGUUUAACACCUACGUGUUCCAGGUCGGCCUGGUGGCUGUAUUACUGGAACGCUUUAGAGCUGCGCUAAUGCUCUCUGCUCUCUAUCUGACCUUCAGUAUCAUACUCCACUCCUGGCUCAUGAACCUGCGUUGGAUGAAUACCAACAGAUUUGUUUGGACAGACGGCCUUCAGGUGCUGUUUCUGGUCCAAAGAGCUGCUUCAGUGCUGUAUUACUACUUCUACAAGAGGACCACUGAGUAUCUGGGCGACCCUCGCCUCUAUGAGGAUUCACCGUGGCUGCGAGAAUUGUUCUCUCGGGUUAGACAGUGAUCUCACCGUAAACAAAUAUUGGACGUAAAGAUGCUUCAAUAAAAUACAGUUUGUAAAUGGAUUUCAGAUGCUUUUAAAACAAUCAAAA